AAGAAGAAGAAGAAGGAGAAGCAAGAAAAGUCUUCAUAAAUACGCCGCGCGUUUCUCGAGGAGGGGGGGGACCACUGCACUUCGGUCUCGCUUUACCGUAUCAAAGCUCGCGCUGCCUGCUGCGAAAUGCAAUGAGUGUGCUCCAAGCAUCCGACCCCACAUGCGUGUUAGGCCGUCAGGGGUGGUAGAGCUUGCUUGCUUAGCGACCCAACAACGUUUUUUCGAGUUUCCCGAGCGUUUCCUGCCCGUGUCUCUUCUGGCGCCGUGCAUGAUUAGCCUGCGUAGUGGUCGUGGCCUCGCGGCCUCAUUAUUUUAAUCGCUGGGGGCGGGAGGAGAAGGAAGAAGGUCGCUGGGCGCUGAGUUAAGCGUCUUUUCUUUAAUGGGUACCAGCGGUUCCGGGCCCUUUUUGUUCUGCGUGAGUCCGAGCUUUGGAAUCUUCUUGGUGGGUUUGGGACGGUAAUUUAAAAAAUCGCGGCUUUGGCUGGUUUUGCAAGAAUUCAGAGUGGUUCGGUGGGCUUCUUGGAGCAGGGAUGUGUCUUGGGGGAAGAGGGGUUGACCUAGAUUUGCUGUCCCAACGCCGGAGGUAAUGUGCAUUGAGUUCGGAACGGACUCGGGGCAUUUGGUGAAGAAGGGUUGCAGGGGUCUCUGACUGGGAGUUGUUUGGUGGGCAUUUUUGAGUUUGUUGGAUUUGCUCGUAAAUUUGGUAGAAUCCCACUUGUCUUUAAGUGAGCUUAUGCUUUUCUGGAGCUGGUUUGUGGGCGGAAAAGGUCUCUGAAGUGGCUGCAUUUAUUGGGAAGGUGGGGGACUUUGAUUAUCCUGGGUGAUUUUUAUCUGGCAGUGGUGUUGAAGACGGAUUCUUGUGGGCUGCAGCACAGAUUGGAUUUACUCUGAUUGGUAUAGGGAUCUGGAUUUGUUUGGGAGAAAUGGCCUGUGUGAAAUUGGGAUCCAAAAGUGAUGCAUUCCAACGCCAGGGGCAGGCUUGGUUCUGCACAACUGGCCUUCCAAGCGAUCUUGUUGUUGAGGUUGGAGAAAUGUCCUUUCAUCUUCACAAGUUUCCAUUGCUCUCUAGAAGUGCGGUCAUGGAAAGAAUGAUUACAGAGGCAUCUGAAGAGGAAGAAAAAUGUUCCGUAGUCCUUCCGAAUAUUCCUGGUGGUGCCAAGACAUUCGAACUUAUAGCUAAAUUCUGUUACGGGAUGACUGAACUUACUGCCUCGAAUGUCGUGCCCCUCAGAUGUGCAGCUGAGCAUCUUGAAAUGACGGAGGAUCUUGGGGAGGGUAAUUUGAUUAUGAAGACUGAUAAUUUCCUUAACCAAGUAGUCCUUAAAAGCUGGAAAGACUCCCUAAAGGCACUCCAGACCUGUGAUGAUCUUAUUUCUUAUGCGGACGAACUCAACGUCACUAAACGCUGCGUUGAGUCACUGGCCAUCAAGGCAUCGACUGACCCUAAUCUAUUUGGAUGGCCCAUCAUGGAGCACGGCGGACCUUUGCAGAGUCCAGGUGGCGGUCUUUUAUGGAACGGGAUAAGCACCGGUGCAAGGCCCAAGAAUCUAAGUUCAGAUUGGUGGUAUGACGAUGUGACAGUUUUGAGUUUCACUCUGUACAAAAGGUUGAUUUCAGUAAUGGAAUCUCGUGGUGUCAAACCAGAAAUAAUAGCUGGAUCACUUUCUUUCUAUGCCAAAAGGUACCUCCCUGGCCUGAAUAGGCGUCGGGGUGUUACCGAGUCUAGUUCUAACCUGUCUGCUGUUGGUCCAGUGGUCCUACCUUCCGAAGUGGAACAGAAGAGCUUAGUGGAAGAUAUUGAUCGGUUACUUCCUAUGCAGAGCCUAGUAUCCAGUAAGUUCUUGUUUGGUCUGCUCCGAACUGGUGUGAUUCUUCAAGUAAGCCCCUCUUGCAUAUCAAAUUUGGAGAGAAGGAUCGGGAUGCAGGUUGAUGAAGCUACUCUUGAAGAUCUGUUAAUGCCCAAUCUAUGUCAUUCGACAGAGACGCUCUAUAAUGUGGACUGCAUCCAGCGGAUUCUUGAACACUUCCUUGUCAUGGAUCAAGCUAUUGGUGGGGCCUCUCCAUGUUCAGAGGACAAUGGCGAGUUGAUUGGAUCACCUUCACUGACUCCUAUUACAAUGGUCGCAAAGCUUAUUGAUGGCUAUCUCGCAGAGGUUGCCCCUGACAUUAACUUGAAACUCCCCAAGUUCCAGGCUCUUGCUGCUGCUGUUCCUGAUUUUGCCAGACCCUUAGAUGAUGGUCUUUAUCGUGCAAUAGAUAUCUACCUCAAGUCACAUCCAUGGCUGGCAGAGUCCGAUAAGGAGGAACUAUGCAGGCUGAUGGACUGCCAGAAACUGUCCCUUGAAGCUUGCACUCACGCCGCACAGAACGAAAGGUUGCCUUUAAGAAUAGUGGUCCAAGUACUAUUCUUUGAGCAGCUUCAGCUUAGGACUUCGAUCGCCGGUUGUUUUCUGGUAUCAGAAAACCUUGAAGGGUCAAGGCAGUUGAGGAGUGGGUUUGGUGGGCAGACCGAAGGAGGGUGGGAUACAGCCGUGAAGGAAAACCAAGUCCUGAAAAUCGGGAUGGACAGCAUGAGGAUGCGAGUGUUUGAGCUCGAGAAGGAAUGCUCGGAGAUGAGACGGGAGAUCGAGAAGUUGGGUCAGGCAAAGAGUUCGAGCGCGUGGACGAAGAAAUUCGGGUUCAGUAUAAAGUCUCAGAUGUGCAGCGCUGAAGAGAAAUCUGUCAGCCAGAACAACAGAACUUCAACCGGUAAGAUCGAGAAGCUGAAGGAAAGGCGCGGUAAACACAAGAAAAACUUAUCUUUGGAGGGGUAAAGACCCUUUGCUUUUGUUACAGCCUUUCCUCGAUAAAAUGCUUCCUUUUGGUUCUUCCACUUCAAUCAAUUUUACAUGGUACAUCUAAAGCUCAAUCUCCUCAACGGUGUAUCUGCGACGACUUUGCUUAUUUUUCAGCCUUCCCGUACUUGCUAUGCAUUUGGACAUAGCACAAUAACUCGGCCAUUCAAAUUGCAUACAUGGAGCAGAUAAAUUCGUGCUUUUCUAUGUUUAUACAUCCUGAUGCCUGUUAAUGUACACUCUCCCAUCUUCCUCAGGCCUCUAUUCUGGGCUUCUGUUGUAGUGUGGUCACGAACCUGUAUAGACUGCACAUCUUUGAUCGUAUGGCAGUGGAGAUACUUCAUCUCA